GGAGGGUGGCGAUGAGGAGGAGUAAGAGUGGCGGUGAGCGCAGAGGCGGUGGAGGAGUGGCAUUGGGUGGUAAUUUAGUGCGUUGUUUAGGGGUUAUUAGUUUGAUGAUAUGGGCUGUGGUGGCUCCAAAGUAGACGACUUGCCGUUGGUGACGCUCUGCAAGGAGCGGAGGGACUACAUCAAAACCGCGUCGGAUUCUCGUUACGCCUUGGCCGCUGCUCACCUAACUUAUUUCCAGUCGCUCAAGCAAAUCGGCGACGCGCUUUGCAAAUUCGUCGACGAGGACCUCGUCAUCGGCUCCGCCGCCGAGUCGUUUUCCCCGCCGGAUUCUCCCGUCCUGACAUUGCCGUCCGACGAGGGUAAGCCUGGGAAGGGGAAAUCCCAAGGGAAAGGCUCGUCGUCGUCUUCGAUUUCGCUCACGCAUAGCUUCGAGGAGGACGCUGAAGACUCUCACUUGCAUUUGUCGGAUUCGGAUUCGGAUUUGGAGUCGGAUCAUAUCCACAUUGAGAGCAGCCCCGAACCGGAGGUACCUUCUUCUUCUUAUAAUCCGAAUCCCAGUUUCGUUUACUCUCCGAAUUCAUCUGGUUCUGUUUACCCUCCCGGUUACGGUUACAACCCGAGUCCCUCUGCUUAUGGUUACGACCCGAAUUCGGCCGGGUAUGGUUACGACCCGAACUCGGUCUAUGGAAAUUACCAGAAUUCGAAUAUGUAUUACAUGAGAAGAUCAGAGACGCCGGCGCAGACGUUUUAUUACGGAGAGCCGGAGAGAUUUCCGGUUCAAAGUGGGCCUUCGUCGGGUUACGAAGCAGGCGGCGGGUUUUUCGGGUUUUCAAUGGGCUCACCGCCGGCGAGGGAGGAUCCAUACACACAACCUGGCCCGCAGAAGACGGGACCUCCACCGGAGCCGCCUUCGCCGCCGAAAGCCUCUUCCGGCUGGGAUUUCUUCAAUGUGUUUGAUGGUUAUGACAAUGGGGGUUAUUCGAGUUACUUUCCGGGGAGUAGGUAUGGGAAUGGGAGCUCGGUGGCGAGUAGUCCUGACUCGAAGGAAGUGAGGGAGAGGGAGGGGAUUCCGGAUUUGGAGGAUGAGACGGAGCAAGAGCAAGAAGUGUUGAAGGAGGUGAGAAAGGAGAAGAAGAAGGCCAAUGAGGAUAGUGCAUUUCAUAGGAAUUAUAACUCAGGGGAAGGGACUUCUAGGGAUAGGAACCUGCAACAGAAUUCGGGUGAAGGGACAUCUAGGGGUGUGCCGAAGCAGACGAGCAGUGAGGAAAGUUCAGGGACGGUUCACUUGCACAGCAGCGAGAGUUCACUGCACUCGGUUCAUGAGAAGGAGAUAAAGAGCAGUCCUGAUGUGGAUGUGUCGAAAAGGUAUGAGGAAGAGAAUGUGAAGAAAAAGAGGGUGAGCUUUGAGUUUGAGGAGGCAUCGACUGUGGAUGUUGGAUCUUCGAAAGGGAGUAGCUUGACCACAUUGUCGGUACACGGUACAAGGGAGGUUCAGGAGGUUGUAAAGGAAAUCAGGGAUGAGUUUGAGACUGCCUCUAGCUAUGGGAAAGAGGUUGCUAUGUUGCUUGAGGUGGGAAAGCUGCCUUAUCAGUCCAGAGUUGCUGCUCUUAAAGUGAUCUUUUCCCGGAUCCUGUGCCUAGUGGCACCUUCCAUGUUGUCUUCACAACCUCCGUCGACGUCAUCAAUCAGAAUGUCUUCUAAGAUGAUAAAGAUGGCCAAAGGGUAUCAUGGAGAACCUGGGAAAGAUUUUAACCUGAAGUCUGGCAACCUUUCAUCGACUUUGGAGAAGCUUCAUGCCUGGGAGAAAAAGCUAUACAAAGAAGUUAGGGAUGAAGAAAAGCUACGGGUUGUCUAUGAAAAGGAGUGCAAGAGAUUGAAAAGACUAGAUGAGCAUGGAGCUGAGUCGGCUAAAAUUGAUGCAACACAGGCUUCUGUACGGAAAUUGCUUACAAAGAUUAAUGUUUGUAUCAGAGCUGUGGAUACCAUAGCAAGCAGAAUACAGAAGUUAAGGGAUGAAGAAUUACUGCCCCAAGUAACAGAAUUGAUUCAUGGAUUGAUAAGAAUGUGGAAAUCCAUGCUUAAAUGUCACCAGAAACAGCUCCAGGCUAUUAUGGAGAGCAAAAUUCGAUCCCUUAAGGGGAAUGCCAGCCUUCGGAAAGAUUCUGGUUUGAAAGCUACUCUUGAACUUGAGAUGGAGCUUCUGAGUUGGUGCAGUAGCUUUAACAAUUGGGUUAACACCCAGAAAUCUUAUGUACAUUCUUUGAAUGGGUGGCUUUUACGGUGCAUUAAUAGUGAACCUGAAGAAACUCCUGACGGAGUUGCCCCAUUCUCCCCAAGCCGGGUCGGAGCUCCUCCUAUUUUUGUAAUAUGCAACGAUUGGUUUCAAGCAAUGGAAAGAAUUUCACAGGAAGCAGUGGCAGAUGCUAUGUAUGUUUUUGCAUCAACCUUACAUGAGUUAUGGGAAAGCCAGGAUGAGGUGCAACGUCAAAGGAUAAAAGCAGAAAGCCUCUCCAAGGAUUUAGAGAACCAACGUAAGAAACUGGGCAUGGAGAAGCCGAGAAGGGAGCAUGGCCAUGAAGCAUCAUCAGACAAAUCUGCUCGUUCAAAGUCUACUUCUGAAAGUGGAGUUUCCGCGAUGGAUGAUCUAAAAGUUGAUUUGGAUUCAUUGAGGCAGAGAUUUAUGGAGGAGAAGGCAAGACACAAGGAUGCCAUCAAAAAGGCUAACAGUGUUGCUUCCAAUAGUCUGCAGACGGGUUUGAUCCCCAUAUUUGAGGCUUUGGGUAAUUUCACUUCAGAGGCUUUGAAAGUUCACGAGCAGGUGAGAGUUCAAAGUGUCGGAGGCUCAUAGAGAAGUAACUUAGCUCCUUAUUUAUAUGUAUAGUCAAUUCAAUUUCUUUUAGAUUGAUAGAUCUAGGAAUGAUAGAUUAGCUGAGAAGAGAAAUGGGUACUACAUAUAGACGUGAAUUUAGGCUUAAUGACAGAGAGGUUUUAGAAGAUGCUUAGAAGAAGGAACAGUAAGGUUUUAGAAUCCCUUUGGGUUGCCUGGAAGUUGAUUCAUUUCACAUUUCGACUUGAUAUCUAGUUCUCCAACAACCCCUUUUGGCAGAUAGCUAGCUACUUUGUACAGAAGUUCGAAAAUUCAUUCAUUGGUUGAUUGGUUCUUAGGUGGCUGUUUUGUGAUCUGUUAUUGAAAUAUGUGGAUGGG